AUGCCAGCAGAAGUUCCCAUCCCAUAUACGUCUAUUGGCAAGCCUAUUACCGAGUUUGUUGAAUAUAAUAACGCCAAUUUUUCAACCACAACAUGGAAAGUUCCUUCAAACGUCGAAUACAAGGGAAAGAUCUUCUAUGUCCAUGGAUUCAUGGAAAGCGCAUCCAUCUACACUGAGUUUUUUGACAACUUAUCUCAAAAUGGUUAUGAAGUGUUUUUCUUUGACCAAAGAGGCUCUGGUGAGACAUCACCAAAUGACUUGGGAGGAACUAAUGAGUUUUACACUUUUGACGAUUUGGAUUUCUUUCUCAAGCGCAGCUUGGAUGCACGUAGUGAUCCUAAGGAAAAGUUUAUUUUGAUGGGCCAUUCAAUGGGUGGGGGAAUCAUUUUGAAUUAUGGAAUUAGAGGUAAAUACAAGGAUGGGAUAAAGGCCAUUAUUGCUUGUGGUCCAUUGAUCAAAUUACACCCUAAAACGCAACCAAAUAUUGUCUCCAGGUUGGCAUUGCCUUAUGUUUCCAAAGUGUUACCAAACUUCAAAUUAGACUCAAAGUUGAAUUAUGAUUACAUCACAUCAAAUAAGAGAUGGCAAAACUAUAUCAGAGAACAUGACAAGAAGUUGAUUGGUUCCCUUGCACAAUUCAAUGAUAUGUUUAAGAGAGGUAAAGAUUUGUUGAACCCAGAAUAUGCACAGAAGUUCGACACCAAUAUUGCUUUGUUGAUUGUACAUGGUACUCAUGAUUACAUCAAUGACAUAAAAGGAAGUGAGGAGUUUUUCCCGUUAUUGCCAGAGAAUAUGAACAAGGUAAUUGAUAGAAUUGAUGCUGGAAGACAUAGUUUAUUUGUGGAGAACGACGAGUUAUUCAAGUUGGUUUUUAAGAAAGUCACUGACUUCCUUCAAGAAUACGCAAGGAGGGAAUAG